AUGCUCUAUUACCCUGUUGACGUCGUACUGUUUUUAGCCACGCAGCAUCUCUCCAUGCAUUCACCGGCAAUUCUACAUUGGAAUGCCUUCAUUACUUGCUUGAGUGCGGGGGAAGGAUCGCCAGACAAGCGCGUAUUUCCCAUUCGGUUUAUGAUACUCCCCCUACACUCAUUCUAUCCUGUCACAGCUUUGUCCUUGAUGAGUCUCCUGAUUCAACGCACCGCUUCACCUCCCCCAGAUGUCUCCACAACGCGGGGAAUUCCAGACAUUCCUUAUGCGGGGAACCGAAAAUUCCAACCUAUUGCUGCAUUUCUGAUUUCAAAUUCACGACUGCUCCCCGCAGAACGGGGUCGUUCCUCUUGA